AUGGAUUUCUCCGCGGAUGAAAAUGAUGCUCUCCAACAGUACAUGCCCAGUCAGUUUGGGAAAAAAGAUGGCUCUGUAGACGUUGAAGCCCAGAUCGAACGCGCACGCCGGAAGGUUGUCGACGAGAGCAAACUAGCGAAGAAAGAUGACGGAUCAGACGAUGACAAAGACUCCGAUGACGAUAGCGAUAUGAGCGACGAAGAAGACGAGUUCCCAGUGUCGCACGAGUUGAUUAUCAAAACGCACGAUCGCGCAGUUACGACAAUUGCCCUUGAUCCCUCUGGCACGCGGUUGGUGACUGGCAGUAAUGACUGCAUGCUCAAGCUGCACGACCUGAGUGCGCUCACCCCGAGCACGAUUCGCGCGUUCAAAACCGUCGACCCAUUCACUACCAAGCCAUCACAGACAGCCGAGUCGCAUUCAAUACACCAGGUCCUAUUCGGUCCACAGUCUGGAGGACAGUUUCUUUGCAUAACCGCGACAUCACAACCGAGACUUUUCAGCCGGGAUGGAGAUCUCAUAUCGGAGUUCGUCAAAGGCGACAUGUAUCUGAGAGACAAGCACAAUACAAAGGGACACACGGCAGAGGUUACUAGUGGUGCAUGGCACCCGACGAAUCGCGAUCGUUUUGCUACAGCGGGUACGGACAGUACAGUGCGGAUAUGGGAUGUCAACAAGAGGAUGAAGCAGGAAGAGGUCAUUGUGUACAAAUCCAGAGCUGCUGGCAGCGCGGGUAUGACCAGAAUGACUGCCAUUGCCUGGGGCGCUGCAGCCGAAGGAGGAAGCAGUAUGCUGGUUUCGGCAGCCCUUGAUGGAAGUCUGGUCAUGUGGGGUGGCGAAGGACCAUAUCAUCGGCCUACAGCUGAAAUCAAGGAUGCGCAUACGAAAGACACUUGGACCAGCGGAAUUGAUAUCAGUGCAGACGGGAGGUUAGUGGUCACGAGAGGCGGCGACGACACGAUCAAGUUAUGGGACACGAGGAAGUUCAAGAUACCUCUGAACACGACAUCACACCCUUCUACCUCGUCACAAUUCCCCACAUCGAACAUUCAGUUCGCGCCGAAUAUGCAAAGCAUAAUUACAGGAUCUGGAACUGGCCAUCUACAUAUCCUCAACCCAGCGACGCUUCGUCCAGAGCUCGUCACGCCUGUAACACCAGGCUCUCCUUUAGUCACGGUCAAUUGGCACCCGAAGCUCAACCAAAUCCUCACAGGUUCAGCCAAUGGUCAAACGACCAUCCUCUUUAAUCCCAAGCUAUCCAACGCCGGUGCCCUUACCAUCCUCAGUAAAAAGCCCAAGAAGCGACACGUUGACGACGACCCGUCCCUCACGGUAGAUAUGGACCCCCUAGGUAUGGCAGGCGAGGCCCACGAUCCGUCCGGCAACGCGGCAUCCUUCUCAGCGCGCCAUCCUACCAUUGGCCUCACGGCAUCAGGCAAGAGCAGAGAUCCCAGAAGACCGCAUAUUCCUGCUACGACGCCUUUUGCCAAGUCUACACCUGAUCAGAAGUAUGUCAUGGAGCAGAUUGCGGGCAGUGAUAUGAGGGACGAAGACCCUAGAGAAGCGCUGCUCAAGUAUGCCCCAAAAGAAGGUGAAAAGGCCAUUUUCACGGGUGCAUGGGAGAAGACACAGCCAGUAGGCAUUUACAAAGAUUAUGAUAGCGAAGAAGAGAGAGAUAGCAAAAGGGUUAAGCGGUAA